AUGACAACAGAAGGCUCCUUGGAAGAAGAAAGCCCCUGGUUAGAAAGCCAAUGGUAUCCUCCACUCGACAAAGUCAAGCGGUUCUGGUAUGAUUGUGACAAAUUCGAUCCCACGUACAACUAUGAAGAAAACGAAGUGAAAUGGCGCAUUCAAAAUGGUAGCUGGCCAAUGAACCAGAGUCUCAAAGAAAUAGAUGACGAUCCGGACGCCUGGCUAAUCUGCAAUCUCAUCUUGCGGCGGAGCCAAGGCCGAUCUCCGUCUGCAGAUUGGUACGAUGAAAAAGACGAUUCUAGCUAUCAUAUUACGGACGCUCCUAUGCCUCCGCCCAAGGCUACUUUUCAUAAACGUUCAACGAGACGUUUCCGGGCCGGGGGUGACAUUCCGCUCACAGGACUUCUAGAUACACGUACCUGGAUGACCAAUUCGGCGGUAUGGAGUAUUGGGUACAGCGGCAUUUUGAAAAUGGGCUUUAUCCAUCUACAACAUGAUAUCACACAUCACUCCGUAACGCUGAACUGGAUGAAGGGAAAACUUUCACCUGAGCAGGCUGAGAGAUUUAAGAUCCCCGAAGUCAUACGCUAUGAGGUGCAGAUGAAGCGUCAUAUUACGUUUGAAACUCAAUUAUAUGGUUUGAACUUUGAACAAGCAUGGCCGAUACUUUCGCCACAACAAAGGGAGAAUGUCAUAACGGCUGUGAAGGAUUUUUGUUUUGAAUUGUCCAAGAUAAAAGGGGACAAGAUUGAGAGCGUUGAAGGAAAAGGCAUUAUGGAUCAGGUUUUGCCGGUGCAUUACGAGCUUGGGGUAAGUCCCUACGACCCAGCAGGCAUGCAAGCCAGCUGGGCAAGUACAGCAUUGGCACCUGGAUUGUCGGAGUUCUGUUUCACGCACAACGCUUUGUACCCUGAUCAUAUUAUGCUCAUGGACUAUCCCAAUGGAGGCUAUUCGGAUCUACGAGUUCCAACCAUUGGGCUUACAGGUUGGUCGUUGGCGGGAUUUGUACCGCUAGUGUGGGUUCGUACGAAAUUUGUUGUGGCUCAGCUGUACGAUAUGUUGCCAGUUCAAAGGUUGGAUGUAAAGUUGAACUCGGGCAUUCGGCCAAAUGAAUUACAUAAAUAUAAGUGGAGCGCCUAUAGGGGGCUGGGAAGAGCGCCAUAUAGUAUGCCAGAGAUUAGGGGCCUUUACUGGAGAGCUAAUCCUAUGGCCGCCCGGUUCAGGGGAACGGACUUCGUUAAUGGGAGGAGUGCUCUCAUGAGCUAUGGAGGUGCGGACGCUGAAGCUCACAUUGCGCAGGAGGAGGCAGAGGAAGAGGAGCGGAUGCGGAAUAGGCAUGGAAAAAAAUGA